CCCACCUCCUGCCUCAUCACAGUUGCUGGACGGCUGCCCUCAGCGCUCCCUGCCAGCCGUGGCUGCCCCUCGAGAUGUGCCCUUGGAGCUGCUGGAGCCUGCCCGUGACGCUUCUCGCCCUGUUCUGGGGCCCAGGGUCUGCUGAGGAGGCGUUUGAGGUCCGCAUGUGGCCAGAGCGGCUGGCCUUGGAGGCCGGAGGGUCCGUGGUGAUCAACUGCAGCACCAGCUGUGUCCAGCCUGAGGACGGAGGCCUGGAGACCACCCUGGCCAAGGAGUUGCUGGACCAGCAGCCUCAGUGGGUGCGGUACUUGCUGUUCAACGCCUCUGAGGACACGGACGUCCUCUGCUACUUCACCUGCGACGGGAAGCAGCUUUCGAAGUCAGCCACUGUCCGUGUGUUCUACCCCCCCAAGCAAGUGCUGCUGACGUUGCCGCCCACCCGGGUGGCCGUGGGCAGCUCCUUCACCAUUGAGUGCAGGGUGCCAGCGGUGGCACCCCUCGAGAGCCUCACCCUCACCCUGUUCCAUGAUAAGGAGACUCUGCACAGCCAGACCUUCGGGGAAGAAACAACAGACCCCCAGGAGGCCGUGGUCACACAUAACUCCACGGCUCCCGAGCAAGCAGGCUCCCACAACUUCUCCUGCCGGGCGGAGCUGGACCUGCAGUCCCUGGGUGGGGGCCUCCCGCGCAGUGUCUGGGCGUCCAAGGAGCUUGAGGUCUAUGACCCCCUCAAGCAAGUGCUGCUGACGUUGCAGCCCACCCGGGUGGCCGUGGGCAGCUCCUUCACCGCUGAGUGCAGGGUGCAGGCGGUGGCACCCCUCAAGAGCCUCACCCUCACCCUGUUCCAUGGUGAGAAGCCCCUGCACAACCAGACCUUCGGGGAAGAAUCAACAGACCCCCAGGAGGCCGUGGUCACACACAACUCCACGGCUCCCGAGCAAGCAGGCUCCCACACCUUCUCCUGCCGGGCGGAGCUGGACCUGCAGUCCCCGGGC